CGCUCGCACAUCCACACCGACACCGGGCCGAGGAGGUCCUCAGCGGGGAGCAAGUCUCCGAGAAGUUCUUCAGCCAGUCGGCUCCGCGACGACGACAGACAUGACGCUGACCUGGCGGGCGGUGGGCGCCGCGCUGCUGUGCGCCGCGCUCUGCUCCGCGUCCAGCCCACCCUCGUCCCGCGCCCUCGCCCUGGCCGGCGCCGAGGACGGGGCCGCGGCCGCCGCGGCGGGCGACUACGCCGGCACCGAGUACAGGCUGCCCGUGACGCUGGUCCCUUCGGCGUACACCGUCGACCUGGUGGUCGACGCGGCCCUGGACAAGUUCACGGGGACGGUCGCUAUCAAGACGGUGGCGCUGCGGGCCGCGACCUUCGUCACCCUGCACAUGGACCCCGCGUGGCUCACGGCCACCAGCAUCACGUUCGAGUCGAAGACCGCGAAUGAAAAAUUCGGACCCAACCGAGACAUUGACCUCGCGAAGGAGGUCGUGCUGGACAAGAAGCUGCAGACAGUCACGAUCUACCCGAUGAGCGGUACAGCACCAAACCUUGCAAACUACACCCUUGUUCUCGGGGAAAAGUACACAUUGACUAUCAAAUACAACGGUGUGCUGAGGGGAGACAUGUACGGCUUCUACAAGAGCACCUACACGUCGAGCACGGGGGAUGUCAAGCUCGCGGCGACGCAGUUCGAGCCCGCCUACGCCCGCAGCGCCUUCCCCUGCUGGGACGAGCCCCACUUCAAGGCCACGUUCGAGAUCACGAUCACGCACAACAGCAAGCUCACGGCGCUGUCGAACACCAUGGAGGCGUCCUCAACGCCGGACACCACCGGCGCGACCAAGACCACCGUAUUUGCGACGACACCACCCAUGAGCAGCUACUUGGUGGCUUUCGUGGUGUCCGACUUCGAAUACAAGGAGGGGGAGUUCCCACCGGCAGCGGGCGCGAGCACGACUCCCACGCCCACGACCACGCCCUCGUCCGCGGCCACCACGACGCCCUCGUCCGCGCCGGCGCCGGCACCGACGUCCGCGCCCGCGCCUGCAGCCAACAGCAUCACGUACAGGGUCUACGUGCGACCGGAGUCGGUGAACCAGGCCGUCGAAGCGGCCAAGUUGGGUCCGCUGUCCCUGCAGAAACUGGAGGAGUUCACUGGCAUCACCUUCAAGGGGGGCUCGGGACUCUCCAAGCUGGACCUGAUCGCCAUCCCGGACUUCUCGGCCGGCGCCAUGGAGAACUGGGGGCUCAUCACCUUCAGGGAGACCGGGAUCAUGUUCGACGACGCCGAGUCGACGGAGGCCUCGCGCGAGAGCAUCGCCCUGGUGAUCGCGCACGAACAGACCCACAUGUGGUUCGGCGACCUGGUGUCGCCCGAGUGGUGGGGCUACGUGUGGCUCAACGAGGGCUUCGCGCGCUACCUGCAGUACGUGUCCAUGGACCUGGUGCGGCCCGAGUGGAGGCUCAUGCACACCUUCGCCGUGCGCACGCUGCAGGGCGCGCUCUCCUUCGACGCGCUCGCCACCUCGCACCCCAUGAGCGCCACCGUCUACACGCCCGACCAGAUCCAGGGCAUCUUCGACCGCAUCUCCUACGACAAGGGCGCGUCCGUGCUGCACAUGAUCCGCGGCGUGCUGGGCGACAACAACUUCAAGGCCGCCCUCAACAGCUACCUCACCAAGAUGAGGUUCUACGCCGCGAAGCCCAGCGACCUCUUCCAAGAGUUCGACGCGACGGCGUCCAAGGCCGUGUUCCCGCUGCCCAACGGGGUGUCCGUCGCCGAGGUGCUGUCGGGCUGGACGGAGGAGCCCGGCUACCCCGUGGUCACCAUCAGCACCCUGAGCAACGGCACCGUUGUCGCCUCGCAGGCCCGCUUCAUGUCCUCGGGGGCCUCGUCCUCCAGCCAGCGCUGGUGGGUGCCCCUGACCGUCACGACGAACAGCAGCGGCUCGGCGACGUCCAAGGUGUGGCUGAGCCCGAGCGACAACGUCACGGCCCUCCCCGGCGUCACGCCCGCGGCCAACGACUGGAUCAUCGGCAACGUGGAUCAGAACGGCUUCUACCGGGUCAACUACGACGAGGCCAACUGGCGCGCGCUGGCCGCGCACCUGCAGCGCACCGUGGCCGGCGUGUCCGUGCUGAACCGCGCGCAGCUGCUGGACGACGCCAUGAGCCUGGCGCGCGCCGGCCGGCUCAGGUACGCGCUCGCCCUGGACGCGGCGCUCUACCUGCGCCUCGAGACGGACCCCAUCCCCUGGACGGCCGCCUUCGGCCACCUGUCCUUCAUCACCAGGAUGCUCGCCAACAACGAGGCGCAGGCCAAGUUCAAGAGCCUGCAGCUCGAGCUCCUGGACGCAGUGAGUAAGGACGUCGGCUUCGAGGAGAAGGAGGAGGGCAAGGACCGCGACAAGAACCACCUGCGGCUGACCUUCCGCGCCACGCUCAUGGGGCAGGCGUGCGGCCUGGGCCAGGAGGACUGCGUCGGCAACGCCACCAAGGCCUUCAAGGCCCUGCGCGACUCGGGCGCCGCAGUGCCGCCCAGCGUGCGCAGCACCGUGUACUGCACGGGCCUGCGCAACGGCACGACCAGCGACUGGGACUUCCUGUGGAAGCGGUACGGCGACACGGCCUCGCCCGGCGAGCGCAGCCUCAUCCUGGGGGCGCUCGGCUGCACCCGGGACGAGGGCAAGCUCAACGAGUACCUGGCCAACUCGCUCAACGGCAAGGUCCGAGCCCAGGACGCCUCGGCCGUGUUCAGCUCCGUGCUCGGGGGCGGCGACAACCUGGAGCUCGCGUUCAAGUUCUUCAAGGACAACUUCAAGAGUAUGGUGGAGAGCUACGGGGGCUGGAGCUCCAUCCAGAACGUAGUGGAGGGCCUCGCCAGCAGGAUCGUGGACGAGGCCAAGUUGAAGGAGCUCGAGGACUUCCUGACGGCCAACAAAGACGGCCUGGGCGUGGCGCAGGCCGCGGCCGUCCGCUCCCUGGAGACGGCGAGGACCAACAUCAAGUGGAGGAGCGCACACCUGGCCGAGGUGGCCGACUGGGUGGCGGCGCGCGGCGGGGGCGGCGGCAGCGGCGCGGCGGCCGUCCUGGGCGCGCCGCUCCUGCUCGCCACCAUGCUGGCCCUGCUCGCGGCCUGAGCGGCCCGCGGCCGCGCCGGCAACACUGGGCGGGGGCGGCCACUGUUGCGCGGCAACUCUCCCCCGCGCGCGCCUCCCGCGGCGACCCGCGAGGCACCCGGGCCAGGCCAGGGCAUGAGUCGGCAGCGGCGGGGCGCGGGGGCCGGGCCCCCGGGCGGCGGGGGCGGCGGCGGUGGCGGAGGUGCGGGGGCCAAGGGGGCCGGGGAGGCGGUGCAGGUGGUGGUCCGCUGCCGCCCCAUGAGCGGCAAGGAGGCCAACCAGGGUCACACGCAGAUCAUCGACAUGUGGCCGCAGCGCGGUGAGUGCGCGCCCGGCGACACCGACAACCAGUAUUUAUUGUUGUACAACUAAUCGAGUAAUAAACAUAAGUAUCUUUUUUAUCGUA